AUGUCUCGGCAAACGACAUCGUCUCAUUUUCAUAAAUCGAAGACUCUCGAUAACAAAUAUAUGCUUGGAGAUGAGAUUGGAAAAGGAGCAUAUGGUCGAGUGUACAAAGGCUUGGAUUUGGAGAAUGGAGAUUUUGUUGCGAUUAAACAAGUUUCGUUGGAGAAUAUCGCCCAGGAGGAUCUUAAUAUUAUCAUGAAUUUGAACCAUAAAAACAUUGUGAAGUAUCUUGGAUCAUUGAAGACGAAGACUCAUCUUCACAUAAUCCUUGAGUAUGUGGAGAAUGGCUCACUUGCAAACAUUAUCAGGCCAAAUAAAUUUGGGCCUUUUCCAGAGUCUUUGGUGGCUGUUUACAUUGCCCAGGUUCUGGAAGGAUUAGUUUAUUUGCACGAACAGGGGGUUAUCCAUCGAGAUAUCAAGGGUGCAAACAUAUUGACGACCAAAGAGGGCCUUGUGAAACUUGCUGAUUUUGGUGUUGCAACAAAAUUAACUGAAGCUGAUAUUAAUACACAUUCAGUUGUUGGAACGCCAUAUUGGAUGGCCCCAGAGGUUAUUGAAAUGUCAGGGGUUUGUGCUGCUUCUGAUAUCUGGAGUGUUGGCUGCACCGUGAUUGAGCUUCUUACAUGUGUACCACCUUACUAUGAUUUGCAGCCAAUGCCAGCUCUCUUUCGUAUUGUUCAGGAUGAUAAUCCUCCGAUACCUGAUAGCUUAUCUCCUGACAUUACAGACUUUCUGCGCCAGUGCUUCAAGAAGGAUGCUACACAGCGGCCCGAUGCAAAGGCACUACUUUCUCAUCCUUGGAUUCUGAAUUCUAGGCGUGCUUUGAACUCUUUCCGUCAUAGUGGAUCAAUAAGAAGCAUACAGGAAGAUGUUUCAGUAGAUGCAGAAAUUUUAAAUGGAGAUAAUCAGAGCACUGGUCGAAUCAGUUCUGUGGAUAAAACUGAAGCAUCUGUUGCUGAUUUUGAAGCUGUUUCUAGGAAAGAAUUAUUGACAGAGUCUGAUGAUUUCAGUAAGUCUGAUAAGGAUAAUUCUUCAAAUGGUGAUGUAAUGGAGGAAAGAAAUGAUAAAUUAGACGAUGACUACCAUUCAGAUCAAGUCCCAACCCUAGCCAUUCACGAAAUGUCAUCUCUCAGAACUAGUUCUGGCAGACUAUCUAUGAAUAGAGAAGCUGCUGCCUGUGCUCCGUUUCAGGGUGCAACAUCUAUGCAUGACAAGGUUCAGGUUCUGACUAAUGGUGACAUGGAAUCUUCUGAUGCAAGAGGGAAAAAUAUAGAUAGAAGGAAUGGAGGAAAAGCAAGUUCUGCUCAUGUCGAGAAUGGAUCAUUUGGUUUUGCAACAAGAAGUCAAGAUAAUGGGCUUCAAAAGGCUGUGAAGAUAUCACUGACCUUGGGAGGAAAUGAGCUUAGUAAAUUUAGUGACACUCCAAGAGAUGCUUCACUGGAUGAUUUAUUUCAUCCAAUUGAUAAAAACCAAGAGGAUCGGGCAGCUGAAGCCUCAACAUCUACCUCAACAUCACAUAUGAACCAAGGGAAUGCAGUUGUGGCUGAUGCAGGAAAGAAUGACCUGGCUACAAGGUUGAGAGCUACUAUUGCUCAAAAACAAAUGGAGAAUGAAAUGGGGCAGACAAAUGGUGGUGGUGAUUUGUUUCGCCUAAUGAUGGGUGUUUUGAAGGAUGGCGUGAUUGAUAUUGAUGGUUUGGCUUUUGAUGAAAAAUUGCCUCCAGAAAAUCUCUUUCCUCUACAGGCUGUUGAGUUUAGCAGGUUAGUUGGGUCUUUAAGACCUGAGGAAUCAGAAGAUGUGAUUGCGUCUGCAUGCCAGAAACUUAUUAGCAUCUUUCACCAGCGCCCUGAGCAGAAAAUUGUUUUUAUUACCCAGCAUGGUUUGCUUCCUCUAACGGAAUUACUCAAAGUUCCUAAAACUCGUAUUGUGAAAGAUAAUAUCGAUUUCCAGGAAAAUGCUUGCCUUGUUGGCCUGGUAAGUGAUGUGUACCUCCAAGAUUGUGUUCUCUUGUUGGAAAUCCCUGAGGUCAUGAAUUUUGCGGUACCUCAUUGCCCCCGUGAGGUUCGCAUGGAGGCAGCAUAUUUCUUUCAGCAGCUAUGCCAAUCAAGCUCAUUGACAUUGCAAAUGUUCAUUGCUUGCGGUGGAAUACCUAUCCUGGUGGGUUUUCUAGAGGCUGAUUACGCAAAGUACAGAAAGAUAGGCAGUUUGGUUGCACGGGACAUGGUUCACCUAGCUAUCGAUGGCAUGUGGCAAGUCCUUAAGCUUCAGAGAUCAACCCCAAGGAAUGAUUUCUGUCGAAUAGCUGCAAAAAAUCUAAUACUGUCCAGACUUACCAACACUCUUUAUAGCUUGAAUGAGGCAACUAGGCUAGCUUCAAUAUCCGUGGGAACUGGAAAUGAGGCAACUAGGCUAGCUUCAAUAUCCGUGGGAACUGGAUUUCCCCUAGAUGUUUUAGCUCAACGACCACGAUCUGGUCCCUUGGAUUCCAAUCAUCCUAUUUUCAUUCAGAGUGAGCCGCCACUUUCUGCAUCUGAUCAGCCUGAUGUCCUUAAAAUUAGGCAUGGAAUGAUCGAUCAGUCCUUGCCUUCUGUGACACAAGAACCAUCACGUGCUUCAACUUCACACUCCCAAAGGUUGGAUGCAAUUCAUCCUGAUGCAAGAUAUCUUGGGACAGACACUGAUGGACCUCAAUCUAGCAAUGAAGCAAUUGAAGCUACUGUUGCUUCCAAGUUGUCAGAUCCAGCAGCUUUAGGAAAAGCUGCAAAUAUGGCUACCAAAGAACCUUCAGGCACUGUUUCGAAAGAGCGAGAUAACUUGGACAGGUGGAAAAGUGAUCCAUCUUGCCCAGAAAUUGAACUUAGGCAGCAACGAGUAACUGGUUCCGUGCAAAGGGCAUCUACUGACAGGCCUCCAAAGUUGAUAGAAAGUGCAUCAAACGGUCUUACUUCUGCAGUAUCUGCUCAGCCAGAGAAAGUUCGUCCUCUUCUAAGCUUGUUGGAUAAGGAACCCCCUUCUAGGCAUUUCUCUGGUCAGUUGGAGUAUGCACGUCACCUCUCAGGGUUGGAGAGACAUGAAAGUAUACUGCCUUUAUUACAUGCAUCUGAGAAGAAAACAAAUGGCGAAUUAGAUUUUCUGAUGGCAGAGUUUGCAGAGGUAUCUGGGCGUGGAAGAGAAAAUGGAAAUCUAGACUCCAUGCCUAGAAUUUCACAUAAAACAGUGAGUAAGAAGGUUGGACCACUUGCACCCAAUGAAGGAGCUGCUUCCACUUCUGGUAUUGUAUCUCAAACAGCAUCUGGUGUACUGUCUGGUUCGGGUGUUCUAAAUGCUAGACCAGGGAGUGCAACAUCAUCUGGGUUACUUACCCAGAUGGUAUCAACAAUGAAUGCAGAGGUUGCAAAGGAAUACCUGGAGAAAGUUGCGGACCUUCUGUUUGAGUUUUCUCAAGCUGAUACAACUGUAAAAUCCUACAUGUGUAGCCAAAGCAUGCUUAGCCGCCUUUUUCAGAUGUUCAAUAGAGUUGAGCCUCCAAUUCUUUUGAAGCUACUUAAGUGUAUCAAUAACCUGUCAACUGACCCGAACUGCUUAGAGAAUCUUCAGCAUGCAGACGCAAUUAAGUACCUGAUUCCAAAUCUUGAACUCAAAGAUGGAACUCUUGUAGAUCAAAUUCAUAGCGAGAUUUGUUUGUACUUGUGUUUUACUGCUGCAUUUGUUGGCAUUUUAGAAGUACAUUGUUCUCCUUGUGAUGGUAUCCGCUCUUUCACUAGGAUACCGGUCCUCAAUGCACUUUUUAACCUCUGCAAGAUAAAUAAGAGGAGACAGGAACAAGCUGCUGAAAAUGGAAUCAUUCCGCACUUAAUGAAUUUUAUCAUGUUGGAUUCUCCUUUAAAACAGCAUGCAUUACCUCUACUAUGUGACAUGGCUCAUGCAUCACGUAAUUCAAGAGAACAAUUAAGGGCCCAUGGGGGAUUGGAUGUAUACUUGAGCCUGCUUGAUGAUAUGGUUUGGUCAAUGACAGCAUUGGAUUCUAUUGCUGUUUGUUUGGCUCAUGACAAUGACAACCGCAAAGUGGAACAAGCAUUGCUAAAAAAGGAUGCAGUUCAGAAAUUAGUGAAGUUCUUCCAAUGCUGCCCCGAACAACAAUUUGUGCAUAUAUUGGAUCCAUUCUUGAAAAUUAUCACGAAAUCAUCCCGGAUAAAUACAACUUUAGCUGUUAAUGGCUUGACACCUCUGCUCAUUGCAAGACUAGAUCAUCAGGAUGCCAUAGCUCGUCUUAAUCUGCUUAAACUAAUAAAGGCUGUGUAUGAGCACCACCCACGUCCGAAACAGUUGAUUGUGGAGAAUGAUUUGCCCCAAAAACUCCAGAACUUAAUCGAAGAACGAAGGGACGGGCUAAGCUCCGGAGGCCAGGUGUUAGUGAAACAAAUGGCUACUUCACUGCUUAAAGCACUUCAUAUAAACACUGUUCUUACUGGGCAUAUGGCGAAAGGUUUGAUAUGGGCAACAGCAGAGGAUUUGGCUAGGAAUAGAGGACGUGUUGUAACUCUUUAUCGUCAAAUAUUGCGAAGCCUUAACUCGCCGAGUUUGCCUCUUAAUUUAGCAGAAAGACUGGCUAAGAAAGCUGAAGUUCGUGCCAUCUUUAUGCUGGGAUCUGAGGAGACAUCAGUACAUAACAUUGAAGACCUUUUUGACACUGCUGAAUAUGCUCUCUCCAUCCUCAAAAAAGGCGAGAUCCCAAAUACCAGGAAUCCACUCUGA